AGUUCGUUUAGCAGCGGGCCAACGGUGCGGAUACUUGACUUGGACCAGAGCUGCCAACUGAAUGUGUGAGGUGCCAGUGACGACGAGGACGAGUGCUAAUCUCGACAAUCGGGCUGUGUUAUUUAGCAGGCAAGCGGCAGUCCCACCGCAGAUCAAAAGUUUCCAAACACCCAAAAGUGCCAAUGCAAAGACGGCUCAAACAGAAAUUAAAAAAAGAAAUAAAAAUACAUAUAUGAAACCCAGUCAGAGCUCAUGUGUGCGCGUGCAUGUCCAAAUGCCCAUAAACAAUUCAUCAAAAAGCGAGCAAGCAAACGAAAACAAACAACAGAUAUUGUUUACAAUUGCCUAAAAGGGCAAGAGACAACCAAAUAAAAUAGUUUGCAAAUUCAUUCCAUGACAAGUGUCUAAAACAAUAAGCACAAAACGUUUUAUAACUCCCUCCCUCUCUAUCACAAAAUACAAACAAUGAACGGCAACGGCAGCAACACCAAGUGCAGCAGCAGCAACAACACGGCGGCAGCAUCAACAUCGUCAGCAGCAGCAGGUUCAGUCAGUCGGUCAUCAACGAAAACAACAAUGCUGACUACAUCUAUGUUCUAUGGCUAAUACAAAAGCUACAAACAACAAAUCGCCAACAACAACUAAGCCAAAAGUUCGCCAAAGCAUUUGAUGCUAAAAAAACAACAAGAAAACCUACACAAACAGCAGCAGCAGCCACAUCAACAUUGGCAACACUUUUACGAGUUGCAAACUACCUUGUACAACGAAUUUUUAUUAUUGCACAAGACCUGUGGCGGUACACCAGCGGGAUAGGAAUCGGGAUACUCAUUCGGAAUCAUUCUAGUCCGAGUAUGCGAUGGCAGCGGGAAGAGCAGCCGCGACGCUGGAGGCUCCGGGUCCGCCCAGCGGUCAGGACAUAGCCAGCGACAACAGCGCCCAGCGCCGCACGCUGGCGACGAAGGUGCGUCGAAAAGGGCCACGCCCCCAGCGGCGCCUGCACCCGCCCCUGCGCCCACGCCUGCCGCUCCAUUUGCACCUGCUACUCUGGCUGCUGUGCUGCUGUUCCCAGCUGGGCCAGCUGAGGGCCGAGUGCCCAGCGGUGUGCGAGUGCAAGUGGAAGAGCGGCAAGGAGUCCGUCUUGUGCCUUAACGCCAACCUAACCCACAUCCCGCAGCCGCUGGACGCGGGAACUCAGUUGCUGGACCUUAGCGGCAAUGAGAUCCAACUAAUACCCGACGAUAGCUUCGCAACCGCCCAGUUGCUAAACCUGCAGAAGGUGUACCUGGCCAGGUGUCACCUCCGGCUGAUCGAACGUCAUGCCUUCCGUAAGCUGAUCAACCUGGUGGAACUGGAUCUGAGUCAGAACUUGCUCUCGGCCAUACCGUCAUUGGCCCUCUACCAUGUCUCAGAGCUGAGGGAGCUCCGUCUAAGUGGCAACCCCAUACUGAGAGUGCCGGACGAUGCAUUUGGCCAUGUCCCACAAUUGGUGAAGCUGGAGCUAAGCGACUGCCGCCUGUCGCACAUAGCUGUCCGAGCAUUUGCCGGGCUGGAGAGCAGUCUGGAGUGGCUGAAACUGGAUGGAAAUCGGCUGAGCGAGGUCAGGAGUGGCACUAUCACCUCGCUGGCUUCACUGCAUGGCCUGGAGUUGGCGCGCAAUGCCUGGAAUUGCAGCUGCUCCUUGCGUCCUUUGAGGGCCUGGAUGUUGCAGCAGAAUAUACCGAGUGGCAUACCGCCAACAUGUGAGUCUCCUCCAAGAUUGUCCGGGAGGGCUUGGGAUAAGCUCGAUGUAGAUGACUUUGCGUGUGUUCCACAAAUCGUGGCCACGGACACCACAGCUCACGGAGUGGAGGGCAGGAACAUAACCAUGAGCUGCUACGUAGAAGGAGUACCCCAACCGGCUGUCAAGUGGCUGCUUAAAAACCGACUGAUAGCCAAUCUCAGUGCUGGCGGGGAUGGUGACUCCGAUUCGGAGCCCAGGACAGCGGCAGCUACUCAGGGUAGGAAGACCUAUGUGGUCAACAUGCUGAGGAAUGCCUCGAACCUGACCAUUCUCACGGCUGACAUGCAGGAUGCCGGGAUCUAUACGUGUGCGGCGGAAAAUAAGGCUGGAAAAGUGGAGGCCAGUGUGACCCUGGCAGUAUCCCGUAGACCCCCGGAAGCUCCGUGGGGCGUAAGAAUUAUUCUGCUGGGGGCGGUAGCCGCCCUGCUCCUCGUCGGUGGAUCCUCCUUUGCGGCCAUUUGCUUGUGUUCCUUGCAAAGGCGAAGAAAGCUGCGUCUCUGGAACUCUGUACCUCCUGUGAGAAGAAGCGAGAGCUACGAGAAGAUCGAGAUGACGGCCAGAACGAGACCGGAUCUGGGAGGAGGGGCUAGUUGUGGAGGCGGCAGUGCCACGGGCGCUGGACUCUAUCACGAUGCCGAGGAGCAGGGCUAUCUGCGGGCAGCUCAUACGCCACUAAACGACAACGAUGCCGGGCAGGCGGCGGCCAUCGUAAAUCCGAGUGCAGGAAGUGUACAGCGGAGAAAUGGAGACUACCUGCACGUUUCCACCCACUGCGAUGAUGAGGAGGAGGAGCAACAGCUGCACCACCACCCACAGCAGCAGCCCGCGAGCCAGCACCACCCACAUCCCAAUCAGCAGCAGCAGCAGCAUCAGCAGAGGAAGGGCUCCCAGGGCCAUGUUGUCUCCGCAUCCGGGGCGAAUAAUUCAGCACCGCUGGAGGAAACGGAUCUGCACAUACCGCGCCUCAUCGACAUCGGCGGCACCGAUUCCGCAUCGAGUUCGAUCUCCAGUCAGGUGGACGCUGCUGCCCGCUUAGCGGGCUAUGCCGGACACACCUGGAAGACCACACCCAUUGCCACCACCAAGAUCAAUUCCCCGCACAGCAAACCGGUGACCUCGGCGGCUCCAUCCUCUCUGAAUGCACAGGCCACGCCAUACGCACACUAUGGAAACCAUCCGGCGGACGAGAUGGCCACCUCGGUGUUCUGCAGUGAGGGGCAGGAGAGCGACUUGUUCGAUAGCAACUAUCCGGAUCUGCUGGAUAUAGCCAAGUAUGCGGUGGCCCAGGCGCAGCAGGAAGGUCGGGGUCAGGGGUAUGCCCAAGCCACGGCCACUCCGAAUGGGGGUUUGUGCACGCUCCCCCGAAAACUAAAGACCAGUGGAAAGUACUUCCGCAACUCCUCGGAUAGCCAAUCACCCCUGCUGGCGGAUAACUCCAGUAAAUAUGGUAGUAGCACCCUGGGCGAUGGAAGCUUCCUGAACGAAGCGAUGGGUCUGGGCAGAAGGUAUUCUGCGGAAUCGAGUUAUGCUAACUAUUCGACCACGGCCACCUACACAGGCGGUGGCCAGCGGGCCAAUAGUUUCCUUAACCUCGUGCAAAGUGGCGCUCACCAAGGGAAACUGCUGCCGGGUCACCUGGGCCAGAAGCCCAGCCUGCCCUCAAGCCCGGUCCAGCAUCAGCGAUCUCUGUCGAGUGCGGCCACGCCCCUUCUGGACUUCUCAGCCCUGGCAUCAAGGGCCGCCGGAGCGGCCAACACAUCGGUGGCCGCUUAUGAUUAUCAUGCCGCGCAGCUGGAGAGGUUUCUGGAAGAGUACCGCAACCUGCAGGAUCAGCUGUGCAAGAUGAAGGAAACCUGCGAUACGAUCCGGAAAAAGGAGACUCCUUUGCGAGUUGCCAUUGGACAGUCGGCUGCGCAGUUGGCGGACCCCGUGAUGUACAGUGCAGCCUCGCACAGUCCAAAACCGCCGGCGACCAGCAACUUGAAGACAAAGACCCUACUCCCAGGACAACCACCAGAUCCACCCCCCUACUGGUUGCACCGGAACGCCAUGCUGAAGCGGUUAAAUGGGGAUGGCAGUGCUGGUGCUAAUGGUUCUGGUGGAUCUCCUGCCUCUCCGCAGCCCGGACAGGAUAUUUUCAAGAGCUAAUCGCAAUUGUGUACAGCCGGAGGAUUAAGUGAUGGGGCAGGAGGAAAAUCGAGAGACUUUGGUCCGCCAAAGAAGGCAUGAGCUUGCAGGAAUCAACAUUGUCUCUUAUCAAAAUUCAAAAGUUUCUAAUUUAUGACAUAUAUUUUGUAUUAUUUUACACUCUUAAUGACAGUUUAUAAAGUAUUUUUUACAUUAUUAUACAAAACCAAAGUAACUGUGGUGAUUUCUUGCACUUUUGGAAACUGAAACAUUUGGAUUUAUUUUACAUUUUAUACAUGAGUCGACAAUAUGAAUGUUACCAUUAUCUUAUAGUUGGGUUUGCAAAUUAUUACUUUUACAACAACGAAAUACACCGUUUUCCUGCAAGCUCCUCCCUGUCGACUUAUGAUAAAUGCAUUUGUCUGCAUAGUUAGUUAGCUAGGUAGCUGGAGGACAUUCAACUGGUUCGAUACCCAGCCCCUCUGUUGUAUUAUAGAAACACUUUUCCACUCUUUAUACUCGCUACUAUGCAAUAUUAAAUACGAUUCGGUGAAGCCGGAGGUCGAACAACAUAAGAUAUUGUAAGUGUAUAGACAGCAAUCCCUUAGAAGAAAAAGAAAUACUUUCACGAAAACACCUAUUGGAACCUAAUCCUAGAAUCCCCAAUAAAACUCUCGUGUUAGUCUAACUACAAGUGUUUUUGUACUUUAAGCGAUCUCAAUAUAAACAAGGAUAAUAUAGAUGACCCUAAUUAUCAUAAGUAUGAGUUGGCACAGACUGCAGAUCGAUAGAUUGACAUAUUGUUUGAUUGUUAGAUGUUUGUUUUUCAGUUCCGCAGUUCAGGUCACAAAUUGUACGCCAAUUAGAUCCAAACUCUAAAUUGUAAUUUAAAGCGAUAAAAACAAAAACCGAAAACGUAUUUUAGGGUGUCACUAAACUAAAACUCGAAAGCAUUUCACCCAAACAACAAGAGAAAGCAAAAAUAAAAUUAGUUGA